AUGAGUCAACCCGACGACAUCCUAGCUGCGAUCAACGAGCUAUUAGACGACCCGCUGUUCGCCUACGAUCCGCCGCUGCCAGGACCGUCCGACCAGCAAAAACCGCCGCCGAGCAGCCGUCCGCCAAACGGGCCAGCCACCCGACCGCCGAGCCGACCGCCAAGGAUCGGCACGCUGAUCCAACGCUCCGACAGGGUCAAUCAGCGAAAGAUGGAGCAGCUGAUGCAAGCACCGCCACCACCACCGGCCCGUCCGCGCCGACCGGCAACCGCACCGGCCCGCACAAAACCGCGGGAAACUACCACCAGCGAAGACCAGCCGCCUCAAUUACUGAUGCCGACGGGACCACUACCGCCACCGCCGAUCCGAGUACAGGUGGAACCCGGCAUCAUAUUUGAUGUACUACAUUUCGCGGUACACGUAUCGCGCAAAUACAAGGUUCGAUCAUUCCAAGGGCAUUGGGUAAUGCGCUUCUCCAAGACAGUAAGACGCCUGGAAAACCGCCUAGAUCCUUAA